AUGGGUCUAAAAUGUAAAAAAUGGAGCCAUUUUUUAGCAAUCCGUAACUUAACAAAAUUGAGUUUCAUAUCAUGGUUAUGGAGAUGAUUCAAACACUAGCAGUCUGUCUAUAAAGUUUCACCAGACUUGUCUGUAUCUUGGAUUUUUUUGUACAUAUUGGAACUGCCUAGUUUUCUGACAUUUUCUUCUAAGAAUUAGAUAAAUGUAUUCCAUGUAUCAAGUGAAUGUACUGAUAUGAUAAUGCCACUUUCAGCUUUUAUCAAUGAGAGAUAAACAUUAAGACAUUUAGCUUGCUUUUUAAUCCUAGUAUUAGAUAUUUAAGAAAUGUGUAUGAAAGGCAUGUUAAAACGGUCACUUUGACAUAAGGAGAUUCGUGUUCCAAAAGAAGUUGACUAUUGCAUUUAUGUACCUGUGUAUUAAGAAGCAGAUGACCAAAUAUGAAUCUGCUUUUAGAAGAAUGAUUAUUCAUCCAAUAUUUACAAAGAACUGUGUGAUGGAUCUCUAGCUGUGUGGUAAAUGUUACCAAAGAGAUAUUCUGCAAAGAAUAUUAUAAUAGAUUCCCAGUCAACUUGAAGGGAGGUUGAAGCUCUGCUAAUCAUUCUUGUCGAUUGUUUGAGACUCUCAUCUGGAGGUUGCAGGCAAGCACUUCCCUGCAGAAUUGUUGGACUGCAUGCAGGAAAUCAUCCGGCUUUGCACUCUUGUGAUUGGAGGAAUAUUGCUGGUUUGAAUAAUGAACAUGUUAGUGUCGGUAGAGGGGAUUGGCCAGGCACUGCUGCAGUGAGAAUGCAGGCUGGAUGCUCAGGUCUUCAGUUUGUCUGAUCAUUAGUUGAUCUGGGGACAGCUGGUUAAUUGGGAGCACUUAGUGGCUUCUGUAACAGGGAGGGUUGUUUUCUUUGCCUUUUUUUUUUUUUUUUUUUUUAAUAAAGCUAAGUACUUUUUCAUUUUUCACCUGCAAGAGUAGGUUUUCAUCUCCAGCCUUUUUGUUUGUUUGGUUUUUUUCCCCCAACAGCCUGGUGAAGCUUCUUACAGUAAGCUACUUCUCAGGCCAGGCACGACAGCAGUAACAGCAAAUUUGAAAGGGGAGGAAGCAAUUGCUGAAAGCAUAGUUCCUUCAGCCUUGGAACUCCCAAGUCAAGUCUUUUCAAGCUGCUGUAUAGCCUGUAACAUUUGAUUUUGUGAGCACAUCCCUCUUUGAAAGUGAACAGUCACCAACUGCGGAGUUUUUCUUGACUGGGAGAUUGAAGGGAGCAGUGAUGCUGCAGAUGCUCUGGCAUUUUCUGUCUAGUUUUUUCCCUAGGGCUGUGUGCCAAGGCCCUACAGAGAGAAAAGAUAAUGAAGCCAAAGGCAAACAAGAUUCUACCCAGGGAGACCAGGUGUCAAACCUGUUGGGGAAACAGGACAGAGGGGCUGAUUCCACGGAAAAAAGACCAACCAUUUUACUAGUGGUUGGACCUGCAGAGCAGUUUCCUAAGAAAAUUGUAAAAGCUGGAGAUAAGGACUUGGAUGGACAGCUGGAUUUUGAAGAAUUUGUUCAUUAUCUUCAAGACCAUGAGAAGAAACUGAGACUUGUCUUUAAGAGCUUGGAUAAAAAAAAUGAUGGGCGCAUUGAUGCUCAGGAAAUCAUGCAGUCCCUGCGGGAUCUGGGUGUCAAGAUCUCUGAACAGCAGGCUGAAAAAAUCCUUAAGAGAAUACGAACGGGCCAUUUCUGGGGCCCUGUCACCUACAUGGAUAAAAAUGGAACUAUGACAAUUGAUUGGAAUGAAUGGAGAGAUUAUCAUCUUUUACAUCCAGUUGAAAAUGUUCCUGAGAUCAUUCUGUACUGGAAGCAUUCCACGAUCUUUGAUGUGGGAGAGAACCUAACUGUCCCCGAUGAAUUCACAGUAGAAGAAAGGCAGACAGGGAUGUGGUGGAGACAUCUUGUAGCUGGAGGAGGAGCAGGAGCCGUAUCCAGGACCUGCACGGCUCCCCUGGAUCGGCUGAAGGUACUCAUGCAGGUCCAUGCUUCCCGAAGCAAUAACAUGUGUAUUGUUGGAGGGUUCACACAGAUGAUCCGAGAAGGAGGGGCCAAAUCUCUUUGGCGAGGCAAUGGCAUUAAUGUCAUAAAAAUUGCCCCAGAAUCAGCUAUUAAAUUUAUGGCCUAUGAACAGAUCAAGCGUCUUGUUGGUAGUGAUCAAGAAACACUGAGAAUUCACGAGAGGCUGGUGGCAGGCUCUCUGGCAGGAGCCAUUGCCCAGAGUAGCAUCUAUCCUAUGGAAGUACUAAAGACAAGGAUGGCAUUACGGAAAACAGGGCAAUAUUCGGGCAUGUUGGAUUGUGCCAAGAAGAUCCUGUCCAAGGAGGGAAUGACAGCUUUUUACAAAGGCUAUAUACCCAAUAUGCUUGGAAUUAUUCCUUAUGCAGGAAUAGAUCUUGCUGUCUAUGAGACACUAAAAAAUACCUGGUUACAACGUUAUGCAGUCAACAGUGCAGACCCUGGAGUGUUUGUCCUCUUAGCUUGUGGCACAAUAUCUAGUACUUGUGGACAGCUGGCCAGUUACCCUCUGGCUCUUGUGAGAACUCGGAUGCAAGCCCAGGCUACAAUUGAGGGAGCACCAGAAGUGACCAUGAGCAGCCUCUUCAAACACAUCCUUCGGACAGAAGGAGCAUUUGGCCUGUACAGAGGCUUGGCCCCCAACUUCAUGAAGGUGAUCCCAGCUGUAAGCAUCAGUUAUGUGGUAUAUGAGAACCUGAAGAUCACCUUAGGGGUCCAGUCUCGGUGACGGGAAGGUUGGCUCCAGACUGUUGGACUUAAGGAUCUUGGGCUGAAGUCCCAGGAUGUAUAGCCAUCUCAUUCUGUGAAUGUGUCAACACUAAGCUGACUUAAGCCAAGCUGUGAAAACCCCAGAAUGUCUAUAAUAGAGAUAGAAGAGGCAGGGGGAAAAGAGGUCUGAGCUUUGGUUGACAUAUCAGUCUUGUUGUCCCAGAUCUCAUUGUCGACCCCUGAGAAAACCCCAUUUGUUCCCUACAAAGCCUUCUUUAGGGACCUAGGGAUGGGAACAAGAUCUGGGGCUUUUGGUAAGGAGAGAAGUGCUCUCUGCCAUGACUGCUGCAAAAUAGAGGCUUGGGAACUGGCUUACUUUCACCAUCUUGCGCUAAGCAACCAAGCUCUUUGUUCCAGGGUACCUUAACCCUGAUUUGCUAAGGGUUUUCCCUUUUCAGUCUUUGCUCACUUCCUCUUUGCUGUUUUAAUUCUUAAAACAUACUGUGGUGGGACAGACAGUGUUCCCAGGUCACACCUGUUUAUCAUGUAUACUCCCAUGGUGAGAAAAGAUUUAACCUUGAAUUUCACAAAUAACAUUUUCCAAUAUACUGAGUAAAAGCUGCCCUACAGGGUUCCUACAGGAAAGAGAAUGACCCAACUUGUGUAUUUGCUUAAGCAGAGCAUCUCUCUCAUUCAUGAAGCAGUGCAGUUAAAUGAAUAGUGAACUGGUGCCCUGCAUGUUUGUAUGCAUGGCAAGGAUGGGUAAGGCUAUUUACCUUAUCUAUCUUAACAGCUUCACAUCAUAGUGCAUGAUUUCAUGAGUAAUAUUGUUCAGCCCUUGAAACUGAAGGGCUUCUCCUCCCUACUCGGCACCCUGAGGUGCCCUGAGAUGGCUCCCAGGCAGGGGCCGGACCAAGUGUCCACUCAAGAAUGUAAGCCACUCUCCUGUGUAGGAGUCAGUCUAUAAUUUGGGAUUGGGAACAAGACUCCUCUUCCUUGAUGAGAGUUUAAGGCCUUAAAUUCUGGUGGAGUUGCAGUAGGGAUUUUAGUUUAUCUAUCAGAAAGAGAAAUAGAUGUGCAAAUUCUUCCUUUGCUUCUGUUACAGAAUGGGAAGAGAAAGUGAUGGAGGCAUUAUUUCUCUGACUACAUUAAGGUCUGUUUGGGGUCAGGUUUCUAAUCUAAGGGAUUCUUAUCCAACUCCUAAUUGGAGCAGAAAGGGAUCAGCCUCACAUUCCACUGAAGCAAUGUAUUUUACUGCUUAAAGCAUAUUUAUUUUGUAUUUAUUUGAACAGAUUUAUGUCUUAACUAUUUUUAUAGAUGUGUUUAAUUAUUAGCCUGUCCUGUUUAGUUGUUUGUUUGUUUUUUUAUCCUUAUUUAUGUUCAUAGUUGAUCGCACCUUCUUAGCACUGUGCAGCAGCAAGAAAUCUAUGGGGAGGACCACAAGCAUGCAAAGGGGGCCCCAUCAUUCCAUAUAGUCUGUGCUGUCUGCCUUAGGUCUACAAGAUCAAUCAGGAGAAUUUCCUUCCAGGCUGGAGCCUGAGGAUUGUGGAUGAGAGAAAUAGGAUCAUGAGAGAAAGAGACUUUCCUUUGCUGAACAGAGACUAGACUUGCUCUCCUGGAGCGGUGCAUGUGAUUCAAGAAGGGAUGAGGUUGUGUGAAUGAUAGACAAUUGGGGUUCAUGGGCACAAAAAUUUAUUUAGAGAGUGGGAGAAUGGGAAAGUGGGGAGGGAGAAAUCUCAGGGAUUUCCAAGAUGAAAAUCCAAAUAAUUUCCAGAAUCAGGAAGAAUUUUUUCAAAAAUAUUACUUCUGUUUAAAUCAAGUGGCUAUAAUGACCUGACUCUCCAGGUGCAUGUGCGGGAGGAGGGAGCCUUCUAGUAAGGGAAGGCUUGGUUGGCUGGAUGGCUAAGUGGGAAUGGUUUUGUAGCUUGUCUGGCCCAUCAGUAAAAUGGGCCUGUCCGCUUUCCAUUCAGACCGACAUACCCACUUCCUGUAGCCAAGAGACCAGCUGCUUUUUGGAGCCUUGGGUCUUGCUGCUUCCUUCCUCCCUCUUCUUGAAAUAGUGGUUACAAAUCAUUUGACUAGACAGUUGCACUUUCAUUCCACCAGUAUGGCCUCAUGAGAAAAACAGGAUUCAAAGAUCAAUGCAAAAUUACUGUCUUUUUAGUUAUAACUGGAAUUUGUCCAAAAGCAAAAUUAAGCAACACAACAUGGAAGUUUUCACUUAGAACAACCUUCUAAUAAAGUUAUUUCAAUGCUGAUGAGA